CCUCGCAAGGGUUUUUAUUGGCUUCGCUAUUUUUAUUUUCCAUCUUCGCCGGCGGAUAGACGAGGAGCCGAGGGUUUGGUCGAGUGUUCGCGCCGCAGGACCACUCCCCGAUCUGUGUCGUCCACCAUGGCUUCCGGCAAUCAAGACAACAAAUCUAAUUCAGUUGAAAACAAAAGCUCGACAUCUGAAGCAUUACCUACUAACUCCACCCAACAAGAAACCGGAUACCGGAGGACCUCUUCAGCCCCAGCUACUGGGUUUCCGAUGAACCCUUUUGAUUUUUCUUCUGUGCAAAACCUGCUCAAUGAUCCUAUGAUUAAAGACAUGGCUGAACAAAUUGCCAAAGAUCCUGUAUUUAGUCAAAUGGCUGAACAACUUCAAAAGAGUGUCCAUAGUACAGGACAAGAUAGUGUUCCUCCAUUGGAUCCUCAGCAGUACAUUUCAACCAUGCAGCAUGUCAUGGAAAAUCCUCAGUUUAUGAAAAUGGCUGAACACCUUGGAAAUGCUAUUAUGCAGGAUCCUGGUAUGUCUUCGGUGCUUGAAAAUUUAACAAAUCCUGCUCAGAAAGAGCAGAUUGAGGAACGAAUGACUCGCAUGAAGGAGGAUCCGACCUUGAAGGGAAUUCUUGAAGAGAUAGAAACAGGAGGUCCUUCUUCAAUGAUGAAAUACUGGAAUGAUCCUGAUGUUCUCCAAAAGCUUGGUCAAGCUAUGGGAGUUGGGCCUUCAGGUGAUGGUGUUUCCACUACUGAUCUUUCAGCAACUGAAGAAGCAGUAGAGGAAGGCGGAUAUGAGGAUGAAUCUGUUGUUCAUCAAACUGCUAGUGUUGGUGAUGUUGAGGGUUUAAAGAAGGCCUUGGAUUCUGGGGCCGACAAGGAUGAAGAGGACUCUGAGGGAAGAAGAGCCUUGCAUUUUGCCUGUGGUUAUGGUGAGGUGGUAUGUGUUAAGGUCCUUCUCGAAGCUGGUGCUACAGUGAAUGCACUGGACAAAAAUAAGACCACUCCUCUCCACUAUGCUGCUGGUUACGGUCGCAAGGAGUGUGUGGCAUUGCUUUUGGAGCAUGGCGCAGCUGUCACUUUGCAGAAUUUGGAUGGAAAAACACCAAUCGACGUUGCCAAGCUGAACAAUCAAGAUGAAGUUCUGAAGUUACUUGAAAAAGAUAUCUUCCUCUAAACACCACUCAUUCUUCUGCUAUUGGGUGAGGGAGUGAAGGUUGUUGUAGGAGGCGAUUGUGCUAGUCUUUUCAACCUCGCUGCUUCCAAUUUGCUGUGUUAUUUGUUGGUAUCUGGUUAUUGUAUUUUUUUUUCCUAUAUAAUUUUCCCUUUCCAGUUUCAAUGAGAUUGAAUCUUUCUGCUGCGGGGUGGAAAACUCAAUUAAUCUGAGUAUUUCGGCAUUAUGUAUCAGAAUCAACCAACUCUUCCAAAAGUCUGCAUGAUGAUAAAGUUUACAUGUCA